AUGGAGUUCGCCUUUGCGAAAUCAGCAAACAUGCUAGAAGAGAGCGAAACUACUUUUGGGUCUUGGUUCCUAGUCGCCUUUGACGCCGUUGCGCGAAGCAUAUGGAAGAUGCAGGAGUGGCCAAUCGCUCGGAAAGCCUUGGGGGUUGUCCCUAUGAAUGUCAUUGGAUUGGUGGAUCCCAAUAUCGUCAAUGUCCUCAAAAUGUUAAAGUUUGCCAAAAACUGUCUCCAACACUAUGAGGUGCACGGAAAUUCAACGACUCAUCCUGUUGUAUUCGAAAAUCUAUCUUCCCUGCCGCACGACUACAAGGUCACCGAGGCAGUUGACAUCCUGAUUGCAGGAGCUGAUACGACAGCAUCCACUCUGACUGCUGGCUUUAUGCAUAUUCUCUCGAAUCCAGCUAUUUAUUCCAAAUUAGUCGAUGCUCUUCGAGGAGUGGACGUCAGCGUGGAUGAUCCUUCAGCGGCUCGACUUCAGGAACUAGAAAAGAUUCCUUACUUGACUGCCUGUGUGAAGGAGUCUCUCAGAAUCGCCAUGCCGGUGCCUGGCCGCCUACCGAGAAUCGUUCCCCAAGACCUCGCUGAGCCAUUCGUUGUUGACGGACUGGUCAUCCCGCCCGGUACUGUUGUCUCCAUGUCAACAUACACAAUGCAUACCAACGAAGAGGUUUGGGGUCCCGACGCCCGCGCCUUCAAUCCCGACCGUUGGCUUCAGCCGGGAGCGAAGUCCCUGGAGCAGUAUCUUUGUACAUUCUCCAAGGGCGCUCGAAUGUGCAUUGGUCAAAAUGUCACAUACGCCGAGGUAACAAUUGUCAUGGCGUACUUAUUCAGAAACUUCGACAUCCGGCUCCCGCCUGAUUUUCGCCCACCCGAGAGAAAAGAUCUGUUUACUAUGGAGUAUUCGAAACCUGGUUUACCGUUGAAGUUCUCCAGUGUAGAAGCAAGGUAA